UCGGUGUCGUGUCCUGUUCUAACAUGCACUGCCGUUAUUAUAGUUAUUAUAUUAUUAUUAAUAACGCGUGCACAACCCGUCGUCUAUAAAUACUGAAAUUUAAUUAUAAUAAUAUUAUGAUUUGAUUGGUAAUAUUAUUAAUAUUGUGUGGAAAAUAAUUUCGUAAUCCUUGUUUAGACGAAGUUUCGGUAUUCAUCGGAUUUAAAAUUUUCAUCUUAUCGUUUCGUUUUUAUUAUAAAACUCAUAUACCUAUACCUAUACCUAUAGUCAUUAAUUAUGGAAGUCAACGUAAAAUCAUCCCAAGAAACGGAAAACAAUAGGAUCAUGCAACAGAUGGAGUUGAUCAGUAACCACGCUGAGCGCACGAAUGAGAUUCGCAUGACAAUUCAAUCAGAAAUUGAUUCGUUCAAUGUUUUGUACUCGGAACGUGCUAAAUACACCCAACAAUUGGAAUACGUGAAAAGUCAAAGAAUAAGCAGCACUACAGUAUUACCUGAAAUUGAAUGUGAAUUGAUACGAAAAAAAGAAUUGCACGAAGGACAAUUAAAGGCUAAAUCAUUAACUCUUAAAAAUUCUAUUAGUGUUUACAUUAACAAACUCAAUGAAUUAACAAACUUGAUCAGUCCCGUGCAAGCUUAUAUUAUUGACAGGUCAUUAGUUCAGUGGAAACGUCAACAACAAUUUGCUGGCAAUGGAUAUAAAUGCAUGAUGGACAUAGACGUCAUACAAACUUGGUGUGAGAAAUUGUGUGAUUUAAUAUGGAUAACUCGUUCACAAGUUAAAGAAGCUGAUCGAUUCAGAGUUAAUUUGAGACAAUAUUUUGAAUUACCACAAUCGUGUGAAAUGAUUAAUACAUUGCUCAAUAUGACCACACAGUAUCUUUCAUCCUUGGUGACAAGUACUUUUGUUAUAAUUACGCAACCACCUCAAGUAUUGAAAACUAAUACAAGAUUUUUAGCAGAAGUGCGUCUAUUAAUUGGUGGAAAACUCAAUAUUCACAAAACGUCACCCAUGGUUAAAGUAUCUAUAGUUAAUGAAUCUCAAGUUAACCAAAUAAUUGGAAGAAACAAACCAUAUGGUGAAUCUUGUGGCGAAUUAUCAAAUUGCAUUGGAAAAAUGGAGUACCACCCAGUCCGUAGACAUUUUUCUACCAACUUGCGAAGUAUGCAACUUAAAAAAAUUAAACGUACAGAAAAAAAAGGAACAGAUUCUGUUACGGAUGAAAAAUUUUCAAUUUUAUUUUCUUCGACAUUUUUUAUUGGUAAUGAACUUCAAUUUGAGGUAUGGAAUUUGUCAUUACCAGUAGUAGUUAUUGUGCAUGGAAAUCAAGAUCCUCAUGCUUGGGCUACUGUAAUAUGGGAUAAUGCUUUUGCUAAACUUGGGCGAAUUCCAUUUAAUGUUCCUGACAAAGUUCCAUGGAGAAGUGUGGCAGAAGCUAUAAACAUGAAAUUUUCUGCAGCUACAGGUCGUGGUCUUUCUGAAGAUAGCUUAAUAUUUUUAGCUGAAAAGGCCUUAAGAACACAAAAUGUGGAUUUCAAUCAUAUGGUUAUAUCAUGGUCACAAUUCUGUAAAGAACCGUUGCCACAGAGAAGUUUCACAUUUUGGGAAUGGUUUUAUUCAGUUAUGAAAUUAAUUAGAGAACAUCUAAAAGGGCCUUGGAUGGAUGGAGCUAUUAUGGGUUUCAUAAGAAAGUCUGAUGCUGAAAAUAUGUUAACAAGAUAUGCAACUGGUACAUUUUUACUAAGAUUUUCAGAUUCAGAAUUAGGUGGCCUAACUGUUGCCUGGACUGCAUCCAAUGACUAUGAAGUUUUUAGCUUGCACCCUUUCUCAGCUAAAGAUCUAUCAAUUCGAAACUUGGCAGAUAGACUAUUAGACUUGACAUACCUCACCAAAUUGUAUCCUGAUAUUGAUAAAGAUCUAGCAUUUGGAAAAUAUUACACACAAUCACCAAAUAUUAGCACACCUGUUUCAAAUAAUGGAUAUGUAAAACCAUUAUUAGUUACACAUGUUCCUGGAUGGAGUGGACCUGGUGCCAAUGGACAAGGAAUGAAUAGUUAUCCUAACACACCACAGGACAACAUGUUUUAUGAAAACAGCCUGGGGAAUUACAGCACUAAAGAAACAUCAGAGUAUAGUGAACCAGAGAAUAAUAUGGCUGCAUUUGGCAAUUAUUCCUUAGAAAUGGAGUUUUCUUCAAGCUUAGAUGACAUGUCGCAAACAGAUGGAUCGUUUUUUUAAAGUAAUUUAAAUUGGUAAUAUGCUAUCUUAUAGUGUAGGUUUUUGUGUCUAUUUUUAUUCCAUAUCAUAAUAAUUUAGGUGUAUGCUAAUAUCAAACUUUUAUCAUCUUUUCUUAUUAUUAUUUUUUCUAUACAAUAUUUUAAAUGUUGACAUACAUACUCAAUAGUUAUGUAAAUUUCAUUUAAUUUGAGUACUCGUAACUCGUAUAGUAGUUAUUCCAGUACACAUAUAGUUCUAUUAUUAUUUAUUGCCAUGAGCUUAUUAUUCAUUAUUAUUUUAUUAUGGAUUAGUUAUUAUAUUUGUAGAUAAAAAAAAAACAAUUUUUGUGAUCAAGUUUAGAUAACUGUUUCGCUGUUGUUUUUUAUUAUUAUUGUAAUUAGUACAUUGUGUGUUUAUGAUAUGU